AUGGAGACUGCAAAAAUGCGUUGGUAUUAUCGUUCUUCAAGUUAUAGCUCACUUAUAUGGAAGUACAUGAUUUUAGAUAACGAGUUGCGUUCUCUGUUUCAUGUUGGUCAUGAUUGCGGAUUUAUUACAAUCAUAACUGUUAUUUUAACGAUUGUUAUUUUUAUAUAUAGUACAAAAGUCUUCAAGUCAAACAAGACACUGUGUCAAGUAUUGCAGAACGAGGCGGCCGAGAAACUACCAAGGAAGCGAAGUAUUUUGAAUGUGAGACCGGCAUACAAUUGUAUUCACAAACACUUGCAGCAAACUGAUGUCUUUCAAGACAAAGCAAAACGUACGCUGCAUAAAGAGCACCUUGAAAUAGAGCUGAUGAAAAGUAGAAUAUCUUGCAUGAAUAAACUCCUUGAACCUGACCUCGUGGAAUUUCGCGAGUAA